UUUUACAUUUGAUAAAGUAAUCGACGAAAAUAAUUCGAUGACGUCUUCGAGCGAAGAGAAAAAUCACUAUAACAAAACACGUGAUAACACGUCUAAAUUUUAUUUCUCAAAUCAUCAAUCUUUCAAUGAUCUUGACCCAUCUACUUGCAUCGGUACUUGCCCAGAAGAAGAUCCCGAGUAUGCAGUAUUACUUCCGAACGAUGACUGCAAGAAGUUCUGUAUGUGUAGCGGUGGCGUGGCAUGGGUUCAACCAUGUCCUGAGCCACUCUAUUUUGAUUCUGUUGAAAAGAUAUGUAAGAAAAAGAAGCAUGCUGUUUGUGGGGUACGUGCGUACAAUGAAGGUAGCACUUUCAUGAUUGAUAAAACGAUCGUCAAUGAUGAUUCCACUGAAAAUAAUGAACGCGCAAUGUAUGACAAUCUCGAUCCAUCUACUUGUAUUGGUACUUGCCCAGAAGAAGAUCCCGAGUAUGCAGUAUUACUUCCGAACGAUGACUGCAAGAAGUUCUGUAUGUGUAGCGGUGGCGUAGCAUGGGUUCAACCGUGUCCUGAGCCACUCUAUUUUGAUUCUGUUGAAAAGAUAUGUAAGAAAAAGAAGCAUGCUGUUUGUGGGGUACGUUCGUACAAUCAAGAUAGCACUUUCAUGAUUGAUAAAACGAUCGACAAUGACGAUUCGAUGAAAACUCUGACCACUAAAAAUAAUGAACGCGCAACGUAUGACAAUCUCGAUCCAUCUACUUGUAUUGGUACUUGUCCGGAAGAAGACCCUGAUUAUGCAGUGCUACUUCCGAACGAUGAUUGCAAGAAAUUCUGUAUGUGUAGCGGUGGCGUAGCAUGGGUUCAACCGUGUCCUGACCCUCUCUAUUUUGAUUCUGUUCAAAAAACUUGCACACGAAAAAAGAAUGCUGUUUGUGGAGUUCGUCUAUUUAAAGAUCGUGUCUUUAUGAUUAAUGAGAAAUGGUAAUAAAAAAAGGAAUCUAUGGCACCUUCAAACAAGGAACAUGAUGACAGACACAGAACGAAUAUUUUAGUCGAAGCUUUAUUUCAAUUUUAAUUUUU